CUUUCUCUCAGGCUCGCCUCUUCGCUCCUUCACUCUCCUUUUUUCCUCUGCUUUUUGCAAAAAAAAAAAUAAAGGGGGGGGGAGAAAAAGCAAAGAAAAGGCGCAAAUCAUGCACAAUAUUGUCUUUUGCGGUUUAUCUUCCUGGGGAGAAACUUUCACCUCCUCAGCCGGGCGGUGAGCGCGAGACUGAUAGCAGCAAUCAUUCCUGCAGAUAAAUGAAUUGAAAGGACGACACCGUCCCCCCCCCUUGAUGAAUGGGAGCUGGGGGAGGCGUCACGUGCUGCCGACGCGGACGCCGAUUGGCGAACCCGCCUUCCCCCCGCCCGCGGCCGCCGCGCCAACGGAGGGCGCGCCAAGGCGCCGCGCGCUGCUCAUUGGCCCGCCCGCCUCAUCAAUCCCAGGAAACGAGAGCGGCUCCAGUUCAAAGCCACAUGCACCAACGUGACAUAUAAGCCAUUAAAAUAUCAUCCUGACGGCUCAUUUCUGCUUCAUCAUACAUUCCCUAACUGCGUCCCCGAAAGCUGGAAAAUGGGAAAUGAAGGAUGACUGAAUCGAUGGAACCACAAAAGAGACUUAGAGGGGUUUGUGGUUCCCCUCAGCCACCCCAAAGUGACGUUCAGAAAUGAGGUGAUCCGGGCAACAGGUGGAGCAGGGCUCAAACUCAGAGAAUGAGAUACAAGACGUCUUUGGUGAUGAGGAAACGGUUACGGCUUUACAGAAAUCAUCUGAAAGAAUCAAGUAGCAGUUCUGGACACCAUGGGCCCCAGCUCGCCGCCGCUUCGAACCCCUCUCUGCUCCGGGGCCUUCAGGAGCCGCCUUCUCAGGCCCCUCACAGCCGUCCUGUGAACGGACUCCUGCGUCUGGGGCUCCCGGGAGAUAUGUAUGCGCGGCCGGAAGCCUUCGCGCUGGGGCCUACCUCCCGCAGCGACACUCUGGCAGCAGCCGCCGCCCUGCACCGCUACGGCGGUGUGAACCUGACCAUGAACCUCACCUCACCCCAUGGCCCCGGCGCCUUUUUCCGCUACAUGCGCCAGCCCAUCAAACAAGAGCUCAUCUGCAAGUGGCUGGGCGCUGACGGCCCGGUACCCCAGCGCCCCUGCUCCAAAACUUUCAGCACCAUGCACGAACUGGUCACGCACGUCACCGUGGAGCACGUCGGCGGCCCAGAGCAGGCUAACCACGUUUGCUUCUGGGAGGAGUGUCCGCGCGAGGGCAAGCCCUUCAAAGCCAAAUACAAACUUGUAAAUCACAUCCGCGUGCACACGGGCGAGAAGCCAUUCCCCUGUCCUUUCCCCGGGUGUGGGAAAGUCUUUGCUAGAUCAGAAAAUCUCAAAAUACACAAACGAACACACACAGGCGAGAAACCCUUCAGGUGUGAGUUUGAGGGCUGUGAGCGGCGAUUCGCCAACAGCAGCGACCGCAAGAAGCAUUCGCACGUGCACACGAGUGACAAGCCGUACACAUGCAAGGUGCGCGGCUGUGACAAGUGCUACACUCACCCCAGCUCUCUGAGAAAGCAUAUGAAAGUUCAUGGUCGCUCGCCGCCACCCAGCUCUGGCUACGACUCCGCUACCCCAUCUGCCCUCACGUCUCCCUCGUCAGACUUCAGCCCUGAGCCCCCGGUAGCCUCCUCAGCAGCGGUGGCUGUGCGUGGCACGGACCUGAGUGAAUGAUGUCCACCGCGUUGCUCGCAAGGUAAUCUUGCCCUGCGCAGCUGAGCGCCCACAUCUUGCGCCUGAGACAUCAAAGGGCCGGCUCACAAAGCAGUGUUUCUUCGCCACGGUGCAUCUUCAUGGUAAGUUAGGAUUUCUAUGGCAAUGGGCAAGUCGCACUGAAAUCCUGAAAGGCCGGGCCUGGAGCCCGUCCAGGCUUUUCAUUAAGGACAUAAUAUUUACGUCUAACAGGCCUUUUUUCUUGUGUAUACAAGUAUAUAUUUUUGUUUGACGCGGACUAAAUCAUUUUCAUUUAAUUUCCGGUAAACAAAACCCACGCGAAUGGGCACUUGUUCCCGAUCAUAAUAAAAAUGGAUAAUAAUGUGAGGGAAGAAAAGGGCCGCUUGAAUCGAGGCUCAGCCCUCUUUGUUUCUGCUUUCUGCGGUGAUCAGAGGGCGUAUUUGGGUUUGAUGGCGAGUUUCUAAAGGCGAGGAAAUGGUUUGUAAGGGGAAAAGAAAAGGAGAAAGGUCUAAUCAAGCUCGGGUUGUUCAAAGAGUCGGGUUUUGGGGUUGAAAGUGUGAGUUUGACGGUGCAUCAGCAUGCCGCGUUAGGCUCGCCAUGGAAAUGCGCGCGGGGAGCGGCCGCUUCAAAGGCGGCACACUUCACUGCAGACACUCUAUUAAGAUACAUUUGCGCUGACCUUUGCUUUCACGCCAUUUAAUACUGUCACUGUGCUCUCCAGUAUAUACUUCCUCCCCAGGACCUGUCUUGGUAGUAUUUAGGGGUUCACGAUGCACCCUGACAUAGGAGACUUUGGGGAUUCUUUCAAGAAAAGGAGGGCCCUGACUGUGCCCCAAAGAGGCCCCAGAGUCUGAGUGAAUGACUAGGGCAACCUGUGAAGGUGCCAAAGCAGCAAGCCUAGCUCAAUUUUCUGCAGUACAGGCCUGAAUAGGGACUCCAGAGGAAGAUGGUUAGCCUGGGGGAACCUGGGAAAGGUAGAUUAUGCCCUAGAGACAGUUAGUUCCACUGUGAGCCUCAGUUCAGGAAGUCUCUUACAGCUCCUUAAACUUUUCCCUCUCAAGGACCUCUGUGUGAUAUCCUUAGGUCUGGCUGGCCUUGGGCAAACACUGAAAAGCCCAAGGCCAAGGGGAUAGGGAAGAUGGCAGGAAAGUUAGAAGUCCAUGUUCCCUUAAUUGUCUUGUUGUUUAUUUUAUCCAAGUACCCUAGUGAAUAGAGGAAAAAUAAACAUGGUGGAAAAGAAAUCAAACAGUGGAGUCAUCUUUAGUGCCAGUCCUUGUGGUUGAAUAAAAAGGAUGGUCCGCUUUCUAUUGAGCUGAAAAAUCUUUGAAGUGGGAGUUAUUAUCUGAGACAUUCCUGCUUGUCGUCCUAACAACGCUGAUGAAAUGUAAAAGGUUCUUUGUCAGCGAUUUGUUCUCCCCUCUGUCAAACUUUGCUUUGCCCUGUUAGUUUCAAACCAUUCCUAAAGAGAUAAAAUCAAUUUUCUUUAAAAAAAAAAAAUCCACAUGCUCCACUAAGAGAUAACUUUAGGGAUACACUUUGCCAAGGGGGUUGGGGGGAAGCCCUGCCUAACCCUCAGGGCCACGCAGCUGUGCAGAUGUGGUGAGGCCCUUCUCACCAACUCUGGGACCUUGGGUGAUGCAGGGAGGGGCCAGGCAGAGGGUAUAUAGCCUGUCUAUGCUCCUGAGUCUGUUGUGUUUGUUUUCUGACCUGCAUUACACCAAGCCCAGGUGUGCUAAACUGGACUAACUUCUCUUGGAGAUCCUUAUUUAUGCUCCAAGUAUUCUUGCCUGGGAUUCUUGGAACUUAAGGCUGCAAACAAGCAAUGUUUUAAGCUUUCCCUUCUUCAAGGCAACUUCUGCUAUAAAUAGAUCAAUGAGUUUUCUUAUCAUUAGCACCAACCAGCACACCCUUUCUGUCAUUAACCCGAAGGAUGGUGGGAUGGUGGGAUAGUGGCAUGAGGGAGAGAAACAUUUUUAUGUUUUCCUGUUUUCUUCAUAGUCUAGGAUUUAAGACGAUUUGGUUUACAAGAUAGUGACCAAAAAGUGCAUGCAAAUGCCAACCCCUUUUCCCAUGUGCAGUUCUUCAUUUUAUAUUGUGCCUAGAAAGAAACUUUGCCCCUGUUCAAGUUUUCUCAACCUCCUAUUGUAGUUUUAAGGGUGAUUUACAUAAGUGAGAAUGUGCCCAUUGCCCCACUCCACGUGCUAACUAAAUGAUUUGUGAAGAACUUUCCCCAACCUGUGACCCGUGUGAUUAUUCUAGUUGCUGCAAAAUGUUGUCUCAUAUUGAUUUUGCUUGUUUGCUUGACUCUCCAUAUGUCUGUUUGUAUGGCUAAUUUAUGGGAACAUAUAAUGAUUGCGAUGAAUGUGAAUUAUACAGUUAGGCAAACAUUUUAUAAGCAUAACUAACAUACACCUAAAUCUGAGUCAACCCUUAGAUCAUUUAUUUGGCACCUUGUCUAUCUACAGUGUUUGUGGUUUAUAAUCUGUCCUCUUAGCAUCAGUUAAAUUCUGAACCAACUUGAAAGAAAAAAGUUGUUGUGUAUUUGACUGUGAUUGUGGAAUAAAAACAGAGUUGAAAGCUGAGGCAUAAACUUCUCGAAAACAUGUAAAUGUAAAUGAAAUAAAAAGAAUUGUCCUUUCUUGUCCAAAGCUUGUGUAUAUGUACCUCCAUUCUGCUCUUUUAUUUGGAAAUAAAUGAUUUACUGUUUUCCUU